AAGGAAUCUAUCCGUCACUAUCAAUUUUACAACAUACUGCAAAGCCUAGACAAUAUAAAAUACCCGAUAAUUAUAAAAUUAAAACUACCUGGGGAAAACCAAAUAAAGAAAUCACAAUCAUCGCUUCUAUUAAUUAUAUCGAUCAAAAACCAAUCUAUAACAUCAAAUGGGUUAAUAAAAAAACUCAUAAAGAAGAGAAAAUUUAUUCAGAUAAAUCAUCAUCAAAUGCCGCAUCAUUAUUUUCAAAGAAAUAUAAUGAAGGAAAAAAAACUGAAUACUCCGGUCCUGAAAUAUUUGGGUUACAAUUAGAACCUGUAGAAAAAGAAGAUCGGGCCAAUAAAAUUGCUAAAUUGGAAUAUCAAACAUUUGAAGAAAAAUGUAAAGAUCUUUUUCACUCUAAUGAUAAUCCUACUUUACGGUCUAUAAUUUAUGAGCUUCCAAAUCAAAUUUGGACUAUUAAUUAUCAUCCUAAAAAUAAAAUACAAAAUAAACAAGUUGAAGAAAUUGUUUACGCCCUAGACCAAGGAAACAUAUCACAGGAAUCUUAUCGAUCUUUAGCUGCAAUUUCAUAUGAAUUACCUCGAGAAUAUAUAUCCAAACUUGGAAAUAGAUGA